AAGGUCCGUUAUUCAUUUUAUCAAUGAAAAAUGGUGAAAAUCGGUUCAACACAACUUUCAUCCAAGAGAUAAAUGCAAUUUUGGAUGAAAUUGAAUUUACUAUCCAACAAGAAAAUUUGGAACGUGCAGCGCUUAUUACGAUCGGCGAAGGAAAGUUUUACAGCAAUGGUUUGGAUUUAGAGCACGCACUAAACACCCCUGGAUUUUUUGAUGAUUAUUUUUUAAAAUUACUGGCCAGAAUUUUGACGUUUCCAAUUCCGACCGUUGCGGCAAUCAAUGGACAUGCUUUUGCUGGAGGAUUCAUGUUUGCUAUUGCACAUGUAGAUAUAAUUGCGCCAGAAAAAGAUGUGUUACCUAAGGCAAAAGAGCUAGCCCUUGAAUGGUCAAAACUAGCAAGAGCAGGGGCUAUCUAUAGAGAGUUGAAAAAAGAAAUGUAUAUUGAGG